AUGUUCAAGACUUCCGUAUUCCGCUGCUCGCAAGCUCUGCCUCGCAAUGGCACACUCCUGCGCCCAAUCGCGCGCACACAGUCCACAGUCGCGCAGCUGCAGACAUUACAGCAGUUCCAGCAGGCAGUCGCGCGCAAGAACCUCAGCGUGAUCGACUUCUACGCGACCUGGUGCGCGCCCUGCAGGGCUGUGGCGCCGCACUUCGACAAGCUCAGUGAGAAGCACACUGACGUGGCGUUCUACCGCGUGGACGUGGACAGCGCUCCCGACAUCGCGGGCUUCUGCGGCGUCAGCGCCAUGCCAACGUUUUUGUUUGCUCGCGAGAGCAAGACCGUGGGCAAGGUGGUGGGCGCGAACCUGCGGGCGCUCAGCGAAGAGAUCGAGAGCCUUCAGAAGUAG